AUGACAUCUCGACUUUCAUCGCUAGCUUCGUUGCUGCUCCUAGGAUCCUUCCUAGCACCAGUCAGCUCGAGUAAUAUUCCUGCUCAAGCGCAGUUGAUUGACCAAAAAGCCUUCAACGUCCUAGACACGACUCAGCCCCCAAGCAAAUUCAAUGCGAAGAGUCUAUUUAUCCCUCCAGGGUCGACAGGGGACAGUCUAGCUCAGCAACCUUUCCAUGUAUACGACAAGGAAUUCCUGGAGAUCCUUGGAAAAACUCCAACUUUAACCCGGAUCGCACACUCCCCGAAAGACCCUCUAUUCCAUGAGGCUGUUGUAUGGUCCAAGGAAACGGACGAGGUGUUUUUUGUCCAAAAUGCAGGCGCAAAGAACGCCAGCACCGGUCUUGACAGGUCGGCUAUCAUUGAAAAGAUUUCUCUUGCGGACGCGGCUGCUGUUUCCCACAAAUCAGAUGCCGCCGGCCUUGUUGAUGUAACCACCGUUCCUUCAGCGCCAAUGGUUCUCAACCCCAAUGGAGCUACCAAUUACCGGGGACAGAUCAUAUUUACCGGUGAGGGUCAGGGUGAUAAUGAACCGCCUGCCUUGUGGGUUAUGAACCCGAAAAGUCCAUUUAACACCACAGUUAUCCUUAACAACUACUUCGGCCGCCAGUUCAACUCUCUGAACGAUGUGGCAAUUCACCCGAAAAACAAAGAUAUCUACUUCACAGACACGAUCUAUGGCUACGUACAGGACUUCCGCCCUGCACCCGGUCUGCAGGAUCAAGUGUACCGAUUCAACCCCGAUACAGGUGCUGUAACAGUUGUCGCAGAUGGAUUUGACCACCCCAACGGCCUCACUUUUUCUCCAAAUGGCAAGUACGCUUAUAUCGCCGAUACCGGAAUCGAUAGCGGCUUUUUCGGUCUCGAUUUCACCCGCCCUGCUUCUAUCUACCAAUUUGACGUGAAAGCCGACGGCACCUUCGAGAAUCGCAAGACCUUUGCCUUUGUUCAUUCUGGUGCACCUGAUGGCAUCCACUGCGAUUCAAAGGGUAACGUAUAUGCUGGCUGUGGUGACGGUGUUCACGUCUGGAAUCCAUCUGGCAAGCUCAUCGGCAAGAUCUAUCUUGGAUCUGGUACGGCGAAUUUCAACUUCGCUGGAAAGGGCAGAAUGGUCAUCUGCGCUGAGACAGACCUUUACUACGCCACAUUAGCCGCGGCCGGCAGUUAUGUUGACAGUGAGAUGUGA